AACGAGGCCAAGGAGGAGACAACGACCGUAAGAGAGCUCCUAGAAUUUCUUACAAAUUCAAACAAUCGGUAAGAAAUAUUACAGCUAUGGAUACAUAAAUGUGUGAAUACUAACUGUCUCCUGCGAAUGGAAGCUGUUUAGCUGACUUGGUUUUUGUCAUCAAGCUUUAUUUUGACAUUGAUCAUAACGUAUACCAUAACUAUACAACUGACAAUAGAUCGUGACAAGUGCGCUUCAAUACAGGUGCAUCGGUGAGUACUGCUCACCGGAUAAACAAUAGUUUCAAGUCAGCCUUAUUGCCUCGAAAACACAUAUCUCUCUAUAUAUAUAUCACAAUGAGCUCAAAUAAUAAAUCAAAAUACUUUGAUACGAUCAAAGAUUCAAAGAGCUCUAUGACAGACCGAAUGAAAACCACAGCUGACAAGAAAUCCACCAGUCAGCCAGCAAAAAGAUCCCAUAGUGAGGUUUCUAACACAAGUACAGAAGAAACAUCUUUGAUUUUGAUAAAGCUAGACGAAAUAGAAUCUGAAAUCAAAAAUACUGUAAAAACAAAUGAUCUAAAAGAUAUUGUGCAAGAAAUGGUCACGGAAACUGUCACUAAACUUUUACUUAAUUUCAAAGACGAAAUCGGGACAAAUCUUGAAAAAUUAGAAGACAAGCAUAAAUUAGAUAUUGGAGAGCUAAGGGAAAGAAUCGAUUCACUGGAAUUGGAAAAUGACGCUCUCCGAGAACAGCUAGCGGGAAAAGAAAAGUCUCUCAGAAAGCUCACGGAAACAGUGGAGCAAGCAAACUAUGCGUCAAACAAUGCUAUCAAAAUGGCGAACUAUAAUGAACAAUAUUCCCGGAAAAAUAACAUAAAAAUCUACGGGGUGAUAGAGAAGGAACAUGAAAACACUCGGGAUGUUGUGUGCAAGGUGCUUAAGGAACAGGGAGAAGUACAGAUAACGGCUGAUGACAUCACGGCGGUGCACAGAAUUCCCGGUCGGCAAGGGUCUCCCCGGCCAAUUCUAAUGCAUGUUAAAAACACGGAAAUCAAGGUACGUAUAAUGCGGAGUAGAUCUACCUUGAAAAGGCAUGACAAAGGUGUUCGGCUGGCUGACGAUAUUACCAAGCUAAACGCUCAAUUACUGCAGCGCCUAAAGGAAAACGAGCAAAUUGAACAGUCGUGGUUUUAUAAUGGGAGCGUGUACGGUAAAGUGAAACACACUGGCCAGAGAAUGAGAUUUUCUAUUGACGAUGACAUUGACAAGAAAGUUAAAAUAAGAAAAUAAAACAUUAAACCAAAUAUAUUUUGAUUAAAAACCAAUAUAUGAUGAGUUACAU